AUGAAUAUCGUAUCGGAACACAUCGGGCGUAAGAUAGUUGGAGUGGGGGUUGAUAUUGUGCAUUUGCCAAGAUUCGCUCGCCUGCUAGAAAAAUAUUCUCCAUUGGACCCAGCUGGCCGUUUGACUUUCAAAAAGAUCGCACAAAAGUUCAUGCAUGAGAAGGAGAGGGCUUACCUUAGAAAUCUUCUCAAUGAAGAACAACAUCUGAGUCCAAGCUUGUACAGGUAUAUGGCGGGUAUUUGGGCUUUGAAGGAGUGUUCAUUGAAGGCUUUGUGCUGUCAUAUUUCGAAGCACGAUCUGCCUCCUGCUCAAGUAGUAUAUUCCAGAAUGUUAUAUAAAACGCAGAACAGUGCGGGCGUCCCGAAAUUAGAGUAUGACAAAAUGUUUGAGCAAGAGUAUCCAAAAUAUCAACAGUUCUCCAAAAAAUAUGGCUCCUUUUUUUCUACACAUGAAUUUCUUGUAUCAUUGUCCCAUGAUAAAGACUACUUAAUAGCAAUAGUAAAUUUGGUGGAAAGAUAA